AUGGAAGACAGGUGCGUGAGUGUGUGGGUAGAGGCAGCUUGUAAAGGGGAUACGGUGGCGAAGGUGGCGGAGUACGAGCGGUUCGUGGAGGAACGGUUGAAAGUGGAUUUACAGGCAGCGAUGGAAGACGGAUGCGUGUGUUAUACUGAGACAGCUUAUAACGGGGAUAUGGGGGCGAAGGUGAGGGAGCACAAGGUUCAAGAAGAAAUCCAAGUCUUUGAGGAGCUGGUGCGCAAUAUCGAGGCGCUGGAGGCGAAUGGAGUCGAGGAGAUGAGGGCGAUGGUCAACCUGGGAGGAGAGGUCUUUGUGCAAGCGGACGUACCAGACACGUCACACAUAUUCGUGUCGGUGGGGCUGGGCUUCCACGUGGAGUUCACCCGCCUUGAAGCCAAGGAGUUUGCCGCCUCCAAGAUCGAGCACUUGAGAAAGCAAGUUGCACGGCACACAGAGAGAAUAUCAUCCAUUAAAGCCCACAUUAAGCUGGUGAGCAUUGCGUUGGGCGGGGCUGCUUACGGUACUCAAACUGGGUUGGGUGGUGUGGUGACUGUUGGGUCGAUUAAAAAAAGCAGGGUGCAUGGUAUCAUCCAUUAA